AUGACUGGCUAUGUUUUCUUGGUGUUUGAAGAUGAGCGUUCAGUGCAACUGUUAGUGAGUAAAUGUCAUAAAGAGGAUGACAAAUAUUACUUGUUUGUUUCUAGUCCAACGAUGCGUGAUAAACCGGUACAAGUACGACCAUGGCGUUUGGAUGAUAUGGAAUUUAUGCUUCGAGAGGAUAUGCCAUUAAAUCCACGACGAACUAUUUUCAUUGGCGGUGUACCUCGACCAACGAAAGCUCAAGAAUUGGCACGUGUUCUAGAUCAUCUUUAUGGAUCAGUUUGUUAUGUUGGAAUUGAUAUUGAUCCAGAAUUGAAAUAUCCAAAAGGAGCAGCACGAGUUACAUUCACCACUGAACAAUCUUUUAUUGCAGCUAUAAGCGGACGCUUUGUGCAUAUCCCUCAUGCUGAUAUGAGUAAACGGGUCGAAAUAAAGCCCUAUGUAAUUGAUGAACAGAUGUGCGAUGAAUGUGAAGGUGUACAAUGCGCUGGUCGUUACGCUCCGUAUUUCUGUGGUGAUGUGACAUGUUUGCAAUAUUACUGUGAGUAUUGCUGGGACUGUUAUCAUUACGGUGAAUAUUCUAAUGAGCGAAAAAUUUCGCAUAAGCCAUUGGUUCGUAUUGGUGAUCAGACUAAGCUCUUGGCUCAUCCACCACAUCAUAAUCAUUUAUCAAAUAACAAAGUAUUAUCAACCACAACUCCAGUUGUAGAUUGUUGCCGUCAUAUUGAUACUACAACAUGCUUUACCGUACGAUGUUCACAGCAUUAUUGA